AUGGGCCGGGAAUAUCCCCAGGGCUACGAUUACUUUAGGACACGCCUACACAAGGCAUUUGCGAGCCAAAAGAAUCUGACGGACGAGGCCAAGAUUAAGCAGGGCAUCGAGAGGGCGGAGUACGUGAAGAAAGAGAUUGAAGCACUGUUCGUUUGCAGCAGCUGA